AUGUCGCAGAACAGUUCAACAGACAACUGCGUCCAUGUGGAAAAUUUUGUAAAGCGCUACUAUCUGCCGGUUAUGUACAGCGUCAUCUUUAUCGUGGGUACAGUGGGGAACAUCUCAGCUCUGGUGGUGUACGUGUUUAAAGUACGGCCCUGGACCAACACAACAAUCAUCAUGGUAAAUCUUCUCGUCAGUGACCUCCUACUCAUGUCCUCCCUGCCCUUCUUAGUUUACUACUAUACUCUCAAUGACACCUGGACGCUGGGACUUGGAAUGUGUCGCUUCACACGCUUCAUUUAUCAUUUUAACUUAUACGGCAGCAUCCUCUUCCUCACCUGUCUGUCCAUCUUCCGCUACAUUGGAGUCGUUCAUCCGUCGCAGGAGGAGAAAAUUAAGAAGGUGCACUGGGGUUUGCUGGCCUGUGUGUUGGUCUGGGUUGAUGUGGUGGCCAUGAUAUCUCCAAUCUUUAAUAACUUUGAAUUAAAAUUCCAAAACAACAAAACCGUAUGUCCGGACCUCGCCAGCAGUAACAUAAACUUCAUCUGGCCGUUUAGCUGGGUGAUGACUAUAGUGGGAUAUAUAUCGCCUCUAAUCGUGAUCUGUUUGUGUUACUGGCGUAUCAUGAGAAAGUUAGGAAAGGGUGCUCACACAAAGAGCAGGGCAAGAAUAAAGGCAAGAAGAGUUAUUGUGUUGAUAUGGACCUGCUUUUUUGUGUGUUACUUGCCUUUUCACGUACUACGAGCUUUGAGAAUUUACACAAGGAUCAUGCCGAAAGUCACCUGCAGGUUGGACCACGGUGUGCAAGCUGCAUAUACAGUAUCAAGACCGAUCGCUGUUUCUAACACAGUUUUUAACAUGAUGCUGUACACAUUGUCUGGGGAUUCCUUUAAACAGGCCUUCAUGGAUUUCUACAAGUUGAAAUAGAUUUACGGAAAAGAAGAGAUUUUUAAGGUGGCUGUGAUCAACAAAUCCUCAUCCGCCUUAGAGUAGCGUACACUGUAAAAACGUCGCAGCAUUUGAAGUUAAACAAUUUUAACUUGAAUUUAUAAGUUAUGUCAACUAAAGCCAAAACUUAAAACAGGUUAAAUUGACUUGUUUUUAAAGUGUAUGAUUAAAAGAAGUGAAAUGUUCAUGUUCCUAAAACCAAAUGCAUAUAUAUGUUUUUAUAUUUAAUUAUCGGCAUAAAUAUUUCCUUAAAUGAGCUGUUGGUAAUGAAAAGUCACUCACUAAAGCCAACAUUUGAAAGACAGUAAAUGACCAAUCAUCAUUCACUCUUUAAUCUACACUGUAAAAAUAACCUUGGUUUUGCAAGUCAAUUCAAUCUACUAUUUCCCUGCAAAAAUGAUUUCCUUACUUAGUAGUCAAGUCUUUUUUCAGUACAAAUAUCAAAAAAUUCUUGACCUAAGAAAAUAAGCUAAUUUUUCUUACAUUUUUCUUGAAUGAAUUAUUGAAGAAAAAAGUUCAAGAUUUUUUCCUUAUCCA